AUGACAUCCCAGCCAGAUAACACAAAUGACGGUGGUGGAGACGAAGAUGUCGAUGGAGGGGGUGCUGACCCUGAUGCUGCUACUGGUCAAGCUGGUAACCAGUUCAAGGAACGGCUUAACAAAAACAGAACAAAUCGCAGACUCUUGUCCAAAACACCUCAGGAUUUCCAGAUCCGUGUCCGUAUCAUUGAGGGAAAGCAUCUACCUGGAAACAACAUAAAACCAAUGGUUAAAGUUCAUGUAUGUGGUCAAACUCACAGGACAAGGACUAAGACGGGGAAUAAUCCAUUCUUUAAUGAACUGUUCUACAUCAAUGUCAAUAAGAUUCCAUCAGAGCUCUUUGAUGAAGACCUGAUCAUAACUGUAUACAAUUCGGUUUCUUUACGAGCUGACAGCUUCAUUGGAGAAUUCAAGAUAGAUGUGGGCUAUGUUUAUGAAGAACCAGGGCAUGCAUGCAUGAGAAAAUGGUUGGUUCUCAAUGAUCCCGAAGAUACCAGUUCAAGUGGAAAAGGAUACCUCAGAGCAAGCUUGUUUGUUGUUGAAACUGGAGAUGAACCACCGGUGGAGCACAUUGCAGCAGAUGAGGAUCAGGAGGACAUAGAGAGCAAUCUCUUGCUACCUGCUGGAGUGACAAUGCAAUAUAUUACUUUUACCUUGAAAGUCUUUAGGGCGGAAGAUAUUCCUCAAAUGGAUGAUACCCUUCUUCAGAGUGUAAAGAAGAUAUUUGGAGGUGCAAGUGAUAAGAAGAAACUGGUAGACCCUUUCGUUGAAGUUUUUUUUGCCGGCAAAAAAAUAUGUUCCAAAGUAAUUGAAAAAAACUGCAACCCAGUAUGGAACCAAGCUUUCAAUUUACAGAUCAAGUUUCCUUCUGUGUCUGACAGGAUAAAGCUGACUGUUUAUGACUGGGAUCGUCUCAAUAAGAAUGAUAUUGUUGGGACAGCCUUCUUGAGCCUCAGUAAAAUAGCUUCUUCUGGUGGAGAAGUUGAAGGAGAAUCUGAAAUGGGAUUCCUGCCAGCGUUUGGUCCAUGCUAUAUUAACCUUUAUGGAAGUCCACGAGAGUUUACAGGAUUAUUGGAUCCUUUUGAACAACUCAACCUUGGCAAGGCUGAAGGUGUGGCCUAUCGAGGCAGAGUUCUUAUUGAACUCACAACUCAGAUUGACGCCAAAGCUGAACAGCAAAUUGAGGAUAUUCCAUCUUCUAAUAUUUUAGUGGCAGAGAAAUACCAGCAGCGGUGUAAGUACAGUCUGUGCACUGUAUUCCAUGCAGCUACCAUGUUGCAAGAAGGUGUCGAGCCGAUACAGUUUGAAGUGAGCAUGGGUAACUAUGGCAACAAAUUUGAUAACACGUGCAAACAAUUACCAUCUACCACACAGUAUACCAGUCCGGUGUUUGAUGGCAACAUGUACUAUUACUUGCCAUGGUCCAACUUCAAACCUGUUGUGGUGUUAACAUCUUUUUGGGAGGACAUUGGGCAGAGACUGCAUGCUGUUAAUAUUAUCAUUAACAUUGCCGACAGGCUGCAAUCAAACAUCUGUGUUUUGAAGACUGCAAUAGUGAGCAAGGAUUCAGAGACACAUAUAAGAGAAUUAUGGCUGAUGUUGAUUACUCAGCUUAUUGAGGAUAUAGACAAUGACCUGCUUCCAGAUCUGAAUGAAAAAUUAGGCGUUACUGUCCUUGACAUCCACAUGAAAAAGAUGCGUGUUUGUGCUCUUCAGAGCAUUAAGGAUUCAGCCAAUCAAAUGAGAGAAGAGGCCACUGAUGUGAAGGCCACUAUGACUGACAUUGAAGACUGGCAAGACCGACUUCAGCAACUGGCUGAUGAGCCACAAAACAGCUUACCUGAUGUAAUCAUUUGGAUGUUGCGUGGAGAAAAAAGAUUGGCCUAUGCAAGGAUCCCCGCUAAUCAGAUUUUGUACUCUGCCACCAGUGAAAAGGCUUCUGGGAAAUACUGUGGAAAGAUUCAGAACAUUUUCAUGAAGUAUCCAAUGGAUAAAAACAAAGGACUCCACCUUCCGCUUCAACUACGGGUCAACAUGUGGCUUGGACUCUCUGCAGAAGAAAGCGAAUUUAGAAAAUUUACUGAUGGAACCUUCAGUGUUUUUGCAGAAAUUUAUGAGAACCAGGCUCUGGUCUUUGGAAAGUGGGGCACAACAGGACUUCUGGGACGACACAAAUAUUCAGACCUCACAGGAAAGAUCAAGCUGAAGAGAGAAAGCUUCUUGCCACCCAAGGGCUGGGAAUGGGAGGGUGACUGGUUUGUAGAGUCUCAAAGAAAUUUGCAGACAGCAAUAGAUCCAUCUAGUUUAGAAUAUAUUGAUGAAGUCUAUGAAAACGAAACAAGAUUACCAGGUGAAGAAUGGCAGACUGCUGAUGAGCAAUACACAGAUGUGAAUGGGAAGAAGGCCUUAGCACCUCAUCAACAUCAAUGUCCACCAGGCUGGAAAUGGGAAGAUAAUUGGAAUUUUGUUGUUAAUGAAACAGUAGAUCAAAAUGGAUGGGAAUAUGGAAUAUCAAUCACACCUGAAAGCAAAGCCACAUCAUGGAUGCCUGCAGAAAAGAAGCACCAUACCCACCGACGGAAAAGACUCAUCCGGAAGCGAAAACAAAUUGAACAGACUUUAUCUACAGAGAAACCCACACUUGAAAAAGCAGAGGGUUGGGAAUAUGCAUCUCUUAUUGGCUGGAAAUUUCACAACAAAAGACGAAUUUCAGACACAUUCCGCCACAGGCGAUGGAGAAGAAAAAUGAUUCUUCCUGACAAAAAUGAUGCUUCUGCUAUCUUCAGACUGGAAGGAACAGUGGGAACUGAAAUUUCAGAAGAUGAUUUGGAAGGAAACGAAAUUGCGCAAGAGAUUAGUACAUCAGUGUUCGGUGCUGCUACUCCCAGGAUUUCCUGCAUUUUUGAGAGACCUUUUCUGUAUCACCUUAGAGUCUAUGUUUAUCAGGCAAGAAACCUUAUGGCUCUGGACAAAGGAAGUUUCUCAGAUCCUUAUGCCCAUGUGUCAUUUCUUCAUCGGAGCAAAACUACAGAGAUAAUAAACAAAACGCUAAACCCAACAUGGGACCAGACCUUGAUCUUCGAUGAUAUUGAUAUCUAUGGGAAUCCUGAGGAUUUGGCUCAAAAUCCACCAAAUAUUGUCUUUGAACUGUUUGAUUCUGACAUAAUUGGAAAAGAUGAGCCCUUAGGUAGAACUGUAUGUCUGCCUUUAGUAAAACUCACUCCUGAAGCAGAUGCGACACCAAAGCUCCUCUGGUAUCCAGUGAUUCGAGCAGAAAAGAAACGUGGGGAGGUCCUAGUAGCUGCUGAACUUAUUCUGAAAGAUAAGCCAGACGGAUCAAACCUACCUAUCAUUCCACCAAAAAGAGCAGCAAAAGUCUUUAUGGUACCUCAAGGAAUCAGACCUGUGGUGCAGCUAACAGCAAUAGAGAUUCUGCCUUGGGGUUUGCGAAAUAUGAAAAGCUUCCAGCUUGCUGCAGUGUCUUCACCAAGUCUCAUUGUUGAAUGUGGUGGUGAGAUUGCCCAAACUGCAGUUAUCAAAAAUAUGAAGAAAAACCCCAACUUUCUAGGCUGUGUUCUCUUCAUGAAAGUGCUUCUGCCAAAAGAGGAAAUUUACACGCCUCCCAUGGUGAUAAAAGUGAUUGAUCACCGACAGUUUGGACGAAAACCUAUUGUGGGACAAUGUACAAUUGACUCACUAGAAGAGUACCGUUGUGACCCAUAUGCUGCCAGAGCUGAAGAUACAAAGAGUGUCAAAGGUACCAUACAAACAACUGAUCCUGGAGAUUUUGUCAUUGAUAUAGAAAAUGAAAAGCCUCUGCUUGAUACACAGGAAAGAGAUUCUGUUGAUUGGUGGAGCAAAUUUUAUGCUUCAAUAGGUGAACACGACAAAUGUGGAGAAUAUCUACAAAAGGGUUAUGACACUCUGAAGGUGUUUGACGAUAAACUGGAGGACAUACCAGAUUAUGAGGGGUUAACGGAUUUUUGCCACACCUUUAAACUCUAUAGAGGCAAAGCUGAUGAUGAUGAGGAAUACCCAGCAGUAGUUGGGGAAUUUAAGGGUUCAUUUAGCAUCUACAGCCUGUCAGAUGACCCAAAUGUUCCAGAACCUCCUCGUCAGUUUAGAGAGCUACCUGAAAGUGGACCACAAGAAUGUUUAGUCAGGAUUUACAUCAUCAGAGGUAUAGAUCUACAACCAAAAGACAGCAAUGGGCUGUGUGAUCCUUAUAUUAAAAUAAUUUGGGGAAAAAAGGUAAUUGAAGACAGAGAUCAUUACAUACCAAAUACGUUGAAUCCAUUAUUUGGAAGAAUGUUUGAACUUACUUGCAUCAUUCCACAAGAUAAAGAUUUGAAGAUUGCAGUUUUUGACUAUGAUCUGAUGAGCAGAGAUGAUGAAGUUGGCAACACAGUGAUAGAUCUGGAGAACCGGUUGCUUUCCCACUUUGGUGCCCAUUGCGGGUUGCCACAAAGCUAUUGUGUAUCUGGUGUGAACCAGUGGCGGGACCAACUCAGACCUUCUCAAAUUUUGCAGAAUCUUGCCCAUCUUAAGGGCUUCUCUCCUCCUGCUGUGUAUGAUAGUGGUAAGUCACUGUCAUAUGAUGGGCGUGACUACACGCUGGAAGAGUUUGAAGCUGGUAAAAUUAUUCAUGAUCACUUGGGUCCACCACAUGAGCGUUUGGCUCUUCAUGUUCUGAGAACACAAGUUCUAAUUCCUGAACAUGUUGAAACCAGGACACUGUAUAGUACCUUUCAACAAUCACUCUCUCAGGGAAAACUUCAAAUGUGGGUUGAUAUAUUUCCUAAGAGCCUUGGGACUCCUGGCCCUCCAUUUGACAUCUCUCCAAGAAAGCCAAAAAAAUACAUCCUGCGUGUUAUCAUUUGGAACACAUCAGAUGUUAUUCUUGAAGAAACCAGCAUUACUGGAGAAAAAAUGAGUGAUAUUUAUGUCAAAGGGUGGAUGCCAGGUAUGGAGGGAAACAAGCAAAGAACUGAUGUUCACUAUCGGUCCCUUGAUGGAGAUGGUAACUUUAACUGGAGAUUUGUGUUCCCCUUUGAAUAUCUGCCAGCUGAGCAGCUUUGUUCAAUCUCGCGAAAGGAUCAUUUCUGGAGUCUGGACAAGACAGAAUUCAGAGUACCUCCACAAAUUCUUAUUCAAUUAUGGGAUAAUGACAAAUUCUCCUUAGAUGAUUGUUUAGGGACUCUUUUGAUGGAUCUACGCCACCUAAUUGUUCCUGCCAAAUCCUCCAAAACAUGUGAUCUGAAAAUGAUCUUAGAAGACAAAGGCAAUGUUUCUGAAAAGCAGAAUUCUUUAUUUUACCAAAAAUGUGUGAGAGGCUGGUGGCCCUGUCUUAGAGAUGAUAAUGGCAGUCACGUCUUAGCUGGUAAAGUUGAGAUGACUUUGGAAAUCCUUACCGAGGAAGAAGCCGAGGAACGUCCAGCUGGUAAGGCAAGAGAUGAGCCUAACAUGAAUCCAAAGCUGGAUCCACCAAAUCGGCCAGACACAUCUUUUUUGUGGUUCACAAAUCCGUGCAAGAUCAUGAAAUUAAUGCUUCGCAGAUUCAGAUGCUUUGUCAUCGGAGUCUCAUUGCUGGUCAUGUUAGUGCUUUUCAUAGGAAUUUUACUAUACUCUUUACCAAACUAUUUAUCCAUGAAAAUUGUGAAACCUUUCAGAUAAGAAGAAAAACUGACAACUGAAAAUUGUAUAAUUAUUCUCGACCAGUGCCCUGCUCUCCAGAAAAGGAUCACCUUAUUGCAUCUGCUGAACUUUUUAUGCUGGAACAAAUAUGUAAAUCCCUAAAAAUAAAACACAGUUUUUAUUUGCAAGCAUAAAAUAAUGUCAUUGAGGUUUUUUAUGUGCA